AUGGAACGUCAAGCCCCGUUCUUGAAAAGUGUCUUACAAGAAGCCAAUCAGCAUAAACGACAAGAAUUGUUGCGGAUGGCGAAUGCGGAUCAGAUCAAUGCCAUCAGUGAAUUGGUGAUGAACACGCUCCGUGGCACCGUGCCCCGCUCUCGACAUACCAUCACGUUGCUCAAACCCCAUGCCCAGAGUUUACGCGCCAUGGCCAAACCCGCGCAUUCGGUGAAACGACGGCGCGCCAUCAUGAUGACUCAAACAGGCGGUGCCCUCUGGCCUGAACUCUACCGAUGUUAUAAACGUUGCAUGCGCUAGACAAGACACCUCAGUUGCACUAUGGAACCCGAGAUGGUGAGCACCACGGUGGACAACGCCCCUGCUUUUUUACAAUUAAAAGAAAAGUACAAACAAGAAUUGGUGGAAGAUACUCGCUUGAGUAAAGCUGCGGAUUUGGCGGCCAGACAACAUGUGCUCCUGACCAGUGAGGUCCCCGAUGCCUGGAAACGGCCUCAACUCAAAGCCGUGAGCCGUCAGUUACGCCAUUGGACCAAAAAAGUGCGUCAACCCUUUGGAGCGCCCGCGGGGGGUGUGCGCGCCGCAGGGGCUACGACGCCCGGCGAGGAUGAUGAUUUUGAGGCAGGGCCUAUGCAAGCGUGGUUCACGCAGUUGGUCAAGGCCACCAAAGGUAUAAAACAAGGGUCCACGCCGGCUGGACCCAGAAAACCACCUGUCCCGCCUAAACCGAACAUCACCCCCAGUGCUAAAAAGAAACUCAAGUUUGCGCCUCAAGUGAGUAGUGCUGAGUUGGCACACGAGUUGCCUUUUUCAGACACGCAGGGAGUAGAACCGUGGGAUACCCCCCGUGAACGAGUGGACUCCAUCAAGAAAGCGGUUGCGCGUGAUAUUCGUAAACGCACGACAGACUCUGCCAAAAAGAAAGCCGCCAGUAUCGCCAAAAAGAAAGCCGCUGGGGUGGCCAAGAAAGCCUUGGAUUGGAAAUCGUGGAAAACCCCGUGAUGGGACGGAGACGUCGUGUGACAGCUACCUCCCGUGCCCGAUCGAGGCGACGACAACGACGAUCGCAACGCGGGGGCAAGUUAUUUGAUGUGCAAAACCUCCUCAACAAGACGGGCAUUGAAUUUCAUUGGCCCGGCUAUCAGUACAUGGGCCCUGGCACCCAUUUGAAAAAACGUUUGGCCCGUGGAGAUCCCGGCAUCAACCGGUUAGACAGGAUUGCGAAAGUGCAUGACAUGGACUAUGAUAAAGCCAAGACCUUGAAAGAUAAAUGGGUGGCGGAUCGCAAGAUGAUUGCCAAGAUUGAUCAACUCCCCGGUCGCAAAACCCUGACGGAGCGUAUUGUGAGACGCAUUAUGAAAACCAAACUGAGAUUGGGCAUGUAA